CGAGGUCAUUGUAUCGCUGCGAGAUGCGCGCACGCAUGAGGACGCAGGAUGCUUUGCUAUAAAAAUGUGGGACGACCCCUCUUGGUCACAGUAUCCAACGGACCACGGACACAGAAGGACAUCAUGAAGCUGCUUUGCAUUUUCGCCGCCGUCUUGGCUAUCGCGUUGGCCGAAAAUGACGCGGAGAAGAAAAUAUACGAAGACCUGGAAGCAGCAGAGACGAUGGAGUUGAUGAAGGAAGGCGUAGACCUAAAGCCAGCAGCGAGUUCGUAUUACAUUCCUCCGAGCCAAAGACCGUCCCAGUGGAAUCCCCCUUCGAACUACAACCCGCAAAACACGUGGUAUCCGGAGAAGCCUGUAUCUCCCCCGAAGCCUAUAUCACCACCACAGAACGACUACCCCGUCACAUGGUGGCCCACGGUGGUCAGUCCAACCCCCCAGCCCUCUGUCAUCAAGAAUGAUAUUUGGUUCGGUAACGACGGCAGCUACAAUUACGAGUACCAAAUCUCAGACGGCACCCACGUCGGUGAAUAUGGUUACUACACCGACCCCAGGCGUACCGAGGAGAGUCUUGUAAAGAAGGGCUGGUACUCCUACCGCGGUGCUGACGGCAAAGUCUACACUGUUAAUUACUAUGCUGACCACACCGGCUACCACGCCUUCGGAAGCCAUCUCCCAGCUUCACCACGACAGGUUGAGUCGGCUGAUGGAAAGAGCGUUAGCGAACACACUGUGGAGACCAAACAUUCCUUCUCCACUCCGGCACCUACAAUCUAUUCAACUGCGGCACCUACUUACUACCCAACACAAGCACCCACUUUCUACUCAACUCAAGCACCUCACUACUACUCUACUCAGGCACCCAGUUUCUACUCAACCCAGGCGCCUACCUACAACUACCAGCAACAAACCCACUACCCUCACCACGAUAUUAAGUACCAAUCCCACGGCAAAAAGUAAGCCAUAAAUGUAACAUAGGUAGGUAGUAGAUCGAAAUAUUCCAAAACGAAUUUCCAGCAACGAACGUGAAAAUAAACUGCGAUAUUAUGUUAGUCCAUACCGAAAGUUUUGUAAACAAUCGUAUUUAUUUGUAAGUAUACGAAUUACCUCUUGUGAUUUUAGAUACGAAAUGUUCUAUGAUGUUCUAAUCAGUUAUCUUGAUCACGAUUAUAAAUUGUGAACAGGAUAACUGAGAAUUAGGUUUUGUAUAAUAUCGUAUGUUCAAAGCCAGUGAUAUGUGAUGUAUUCGUAAUAAAUAAAUUUUAUUUUAUAAUUUU